GCAAUCCUCAGAGAGAAGAGAGAGAGAGAGAGAGAGAGAGAGAGAAUCUAUAUCUACCCUUGAACAAUGGUGCUGGCUACAACCAAUUUGGUCUCUUGCAACUUUUCCAUUCUCGGGAACCAAAAGUUGAGAACUUCACUUCAACCCCACAAAGCUGAACUGAGAGUUUCACCAAACAGAAUAGCAAUAGCAUCAGGACAUUUUAGUUGCUUUAAACCUCUUGUUUUCAAAACCAAAACCCCAUUUAUUGCAUUUGGGAAGAUGGGUCGUCUCCAUAUUUGUCAGAAUUUGAAGAAAGAAAGUGAAUUUGGUGAGAAUGGAAAUGGAAAUGGUGGUGGGGUUGUGAAGGAGAGAGAUUGGACAACCUCAAUUUUGCUCUUUUUCUUUUGGGCUGCACUCUUGUACUAUGUUUUCUUGCUUGCUCCAAACCAGACCCCUUCAAGGGACAUGUAUUUCUUGAGAAAGCUCCUUAAUCUGAAGGGAGAUGAUGGUUUCAGAAUGAAUGAAGUGCUUGUAUCAUUGUGGUACUUAAUGGGCUUGUGGCCGUUGGCAUAUAGCAUGCUGCUAAUUCCUACAGGAAGGAGCUCAAAAAGCAAUAUUCCGGUAUGGCCCUUCCUGGUACUUUCAUUUUUUGGUGGUGCAUAUGUACUUCUUCCUUAUUUUGUACUUUGGAAACCACCAGCACCUCCUGUUGAAAAAACUCAGCUUAAAAUGUGGCCUUUGAAUUUUCUGGAAUCAAAAGUAACUGCAAUGAUAUUGCUCGCUGUAGGGAUAGCCCUCAUAACUUAUGCAGGUAUAGCUGGAGAAGGUGAGUGGAAAGAAUUUUACCAGUACUUCAGGGAAAGUAAAUUUAUCCAUAUUACGUCCAUUGAUUUUACUAUACUUUCUACAUUUGCACCAUUUUGGGUUUACAAUGAUAUGACUGCUCGAAAAUGGUUUGACAAAGGUUCUUGGCUUCUUCCCUUGUCAUUGAUACCAUUCUUGGGGCCUGGUUUAUACCUUCUCCUGCGGCCAUCACUAUCAACAAUGGCCAUUUCACAAAAUCCUGUUGAACCAGAGUAAUCCAUUUGGUUACUUCCAACAAAAUGGAAUAAACAUUUUUAAUGCAACAAGAAUUGAAUUUGGUUUUGAGUUUGAGUUUGGUUCAGAAAGACAGUUUCGAUCUACAAAAGUCCACAGCAUGGUGAGAGGAGCUCACCACCUACUCACUAGUCCAUAACAAUAUUGAUAUCAAUCAGCUUAGGCAUCAUCUGGGGACAUAGAAACUUCUUUUCUUCUAUUGAUGUAGUUAACAAUUCCUUGGAGAGAAGUUCCACAAUCAUCUACAUUUUUAUUUUCUUGGAGGAGAUCCAACUUGAAAAAAAAAAGUGUUAUUGUUGUAGUGGCAUCAUUUAGUUAACAGGGAUUUGCUAUG